UCGUGUGUCUGUGCAAGUUGUUGUGUCUUUGCAAUGACCACGUGUUGGCCGGAAAUCGUCCAAAACCACCACAACUCUACUUGACCGGAGAGUUUCUGCAGUUCUUUUUAUAACAAUUCCAAGUGGGGAUUUCUUGUUGCUGUUUCCUUAAACCAGAGUGAAAGUUUGAAUUGGUGCAAGCAACACUGCAAAUGGAGCCCUUUUCUGACCAGUUCAUGGAAUUCCACCCGGUCCAUGGAACCAACGUCCAACUGGACUACUCAGGAACUCAGGCCACACGAGUAGAAAGCUUCGCCAACGGAGUUUGUUUCAGCAAACACCCCCUCAAGCCCGGAGAGAUCUUUCUCAUAGAGAUCGAGGAUAAAGAGCUGGGCUGGUGUGGCCACCUUCGGGUCGGUCUGACAGCCCAGGACCCCAGGAGCUUUGACGCAGUGCCUGAAUAUUCCAUUCCAGACUUGACAGACUUGGGGAACAGCUGGGUGUUUGCCAUCACUCGCAACCACAACAAGAUCAUAGAGGAUGCUGAGGUCGCAGAGGAAGGACUGCCUGGGGGUCAGAGGCUGGGGAGGGGAGAGGCAGAAGAAGAUGCAGCCCCCAACAUGAAACCAAAGACUUUCUUCACUGACACUCACCUGUACAUCGACAGCGUUCGAAUCCCCCGAGACAAGCUGGUCGGCCGGAGUCGACCCGGACGUUUCAGUCACAUCUUGGAUGACUUGUACAAGACCAACGCUCUGCCUCCCACAGCCAGACGCAGCAGGAUAGGAGUUCUGUAUGUGCCCAAAGGACAGGACCUGGCUGAUAUGCACAUUGUCAUCAAUGGUGAGGACAUGGGAGCUUCCGCAAAGGGAAUCCCCACCAUCGAGCCUCUCUUCGCUGUGGUGGACGUUUUUGCUGCUACCAAGUGUGUCCGAAUUGUCCAGGUGGAGUACGGGUUCUCUUCUUUGCAGACAUUGUGCAGGAAGACCAUCCAGAAGCACAUCGUCCACCGGAUGGCCCUCGACUGGUUGGAGCUGCCAGAGGCUCUCAAGCACUACUGCAAGUAUGAAUGAAGGACAUUGGCCUACACUAGAGAGAAACAUCAUCUGUGAGCUCUCUCACGGUUUCUACCACGGAAAUGUAUUUAUUUUUAUGAUGUGUUUCAUUUAUUAAAAAAAUACAGCAGAGCGUGUUAUGCUCUUGAUACUUAUUAAAGCUGACAUCAUGUGUUUGAGAUGGCAUCCGCAAAGUAAAAUAAAUUCAGUGAUUGUAA